AUCAUCAUUGUCGGAAGAAUCGGCAAAUGGAAUCAGAAACAAGCGCUGAACAAACAACGGUCUAGGUUGUAAAGGUAUGCUGUUCGCAAAUCCGUUUCCAGGUCACCGUGAAAUGAUGUGAAAUCGGUGGUUUUUGUGAAAAGUGUGCAUUUUUUCCUGGAGAAAUAGACUAGCAGGCGUAGAAGAGAAACAAGAAGAAAAAAGGUGCGAAAGAUUUUCGGUGGAAAAUAAAAGGGAGUGAACGAAGAAGUGAAGCAUCAGGAGUAUCAUCGGAAGAAUAAUAUUCGUAGUAAGCUGGAAAAAGUGCAGUGUUUAUGGCAUUUGAAUAAACUCCCGUCCAUGUACAAAAGUUUUUGUCAACCCAAGAAGCUGGGAAAGUGCAUUUAACCUUUCCUCUGCUGGGCCAAGGGGAUUAGGCCUAGGAGCAGACACAUUUAGUAGUUUCUUAAACUUCCAGGAAAGCGAGUCAGAAUGAGUUCCAACAAUACCACCAGCAGUAGUACCACAAACAGUAGUAACAGUAACAACGGAACGAACAGCAUCGAGGUCGAAUACAACGAAAUCGAAUCCCGCAAUGGCUGGUGUUCGGUUUUUCAGGAUAUCCGCGAGAAGAGUGAGCAGGAAGCACGGCAGAAGGAUUUCUCCACCAACGAGUCGAAAAAAUUGGACAACCGACGGCUGAAUCGGUAUCGCGAUGUGUCCCCGUACGAUCACUCUCGAAUAGUGCUGAAACGGGGCGAGACUGAUUACAUCAAUGCCAAUCUGGUCAAGAUGGAGCGCGCGGACCGGACGUACAUUCUCUGCCAGGGACCGCUACCGCUAACCGUCGGGCACUUCUGGUUGAUGGUGUGGGAGUACAAUUCCCGGGCGAUCCUGAUGCUGAAUAAGCUGAUCGAGAAGAAACAGAUCAAAUGCCACCUCUACUGGCCGGAGAAAAUUGGUGAGGAGCACAAGCUGGAACUGCCGGAAGUGCAGCUGGCUAUUGAAUACUUGAAGUGUAUCGAGUACAAGAAUUUCUGCAAGCGAACAUUUCGAUUAACAGAUAUGGAAUCGAGUAAAUCACGUGAAGUUGUGCAGUUCCAUUAUACAACGUGGCCAGAUUUUGGCAUUCCGAGUUCACCAGUUGCAUUUUUACAGUUUUUAAAAGAUGUUCGCGAUUCCGGGGCGUUGGAUAAAGACGUAGGCCCACCUAUUAUCCACUGCAGUGCGGGGAUCGGCCGGUCCGGUACCUUCUGCUUAGUAGAUUGCUGCCUGGUUUUGAUUGACAAGGAAGGCGAGGAUAAAGUAUCGGUUCAGAAUGUACUCCUGGAGCUGCGACAGUAUCGAAUGGGGCUCAUUCAAACUGUGGAUCAAUUAUAUUUUUCAUAUCAAGCCAUCAUUGAGGGUAUGAAACGAAUGAAUAACUCUUCAUUCGAAGAUUUCGAGGAACUAUCUGUUGUGGUGGCCAGUAGCCAACCAACCUCGGAUCAGGAUACAGAGAAUGACGAUACCCCACCGCCGUUACCGCCACCUAGGUCGCACUCGCUGACAAUCACCCAGAAGCCGCUGCCACUGAUUCCGAACAGUGAAAGCGUCCACGAAGAAUUCAUCAGUUGCCAGGAACGUGAUAUGGUCAACAAUCUGAUGAACCUGGAGAAGAGCAAGCAAUACGAGAUUAGCAAAGACCGACCGCUGCCGCCUUUGCCGAAAGAUAGCCCGCUGGACAAGGUACACGAAGCGAACAGCUCGGACGAUAGUGGCGCAUCCGGAAGUAGCAGCGAAGUGGACGAGUUGAUCGAGGAGAAUGACAGUGAUGAGGAAGAUGAUGAGGAGAACAAUAGUGAUAAUAUCGAAAGUUCGGUGCUGGAUGAAACGACGAUAACCAGCUCGUCGACGAUGACGACGACGACAACGAGCGCGGCGGCAACAGCCGUGAACAGCAACACGUCGACCUUGGAAUCGAACAAGGGUAGCGAGAGAUCAUUCGAUGCCAAUGCGACGCUGCCUCCGGUACCGAACGGAGUUGAUGGGAAUAGUGCUGGCGAGGAGGGAGCUUCCAGCCCGGAAAGAGAACUCUCACCCAACGCCGAUCUGCGCCGCCGGAAGCGGCUCGAGCGUCAGACCGCAAUGGAGGAGAAAAUUCGCGAGAUCAAACGCAAACAGAAGGAAGUGGAGAGCAAGGCGGCGUCACCGAAAAAACGCAGGAAACAACAAGAAACGGAAAAAUGAUAUUUGCAAAUUCCGUGGAAAAUUUACUUUAUAUGUUGCAUUUAGAUCAGUUAUUUAGGGCCGAUGCACACCGUGGAGAAACUCCUAGUCUAACUUUGGCAACGUUGCAUGGCGCGACUGUACACCGCAACCGAUCAUUGAAAAGCAACAAUCAGGAAAGGAAUGUUCACAAAGAGCCAAUUACUAACAAUAGGAUUAUAGGAAAUACGAAAGUUUACAACAAGAAACCAACAGCACUGACAGAUACACUAAUACACAUAAUGUUCUAUGACAGAGUAACUGCAUAUAUUCAUCAUUGCUACAGCAAACCACGAUAGAAAUCAAAGACUGCAUAAUUACUAACAAAUAAUACAGUAAGAAACACGAUUACAGCAGAACGAUUUGGACUAAUAAUAGACAUAUGCACUAUGAACAGUCAUUUAGUACUGGCCUAAAACAGGCUUGUCGGUUUCAUUCCUUUGACGUAACUACACACUAAUUUCAAACAAAUCCGCGAUCAAGUGGUCAGUGUUAAGUCAGACCGGACUAAGUGACAAAAUAUUGAUAUCGAGAAAAACGAGUUUAAAGUUUGAAUCAUAGCAUCAUUUACAUUAUGAUUGAAAAUUAUUUUUUGCCAUAUUUCUUGUUUAUUGUUACAUAUUUCAAAUCUGGUAAAAGUCGAAUCUAGCUGCCGAUAUCCUUUAGCCAGUGCUAUCAUUAUCUCAUUUUUUGAUGUUUGGCGAUUUAGUCCGGUCUGACUUAACACCGACCAAGUAAUCUCGUUAAUUUCCCCAAUUGUAUUGGAGAUCUGAAUUUCAAUGAACCCACCUGACGGAGUCGUCGUACAGCAGGCAUUCUCCAUUUUCGAACAAUUUGGAGACAUUGUAUUGAUCUUCUCAGUGGGACGAAACAUUGAUUGUUCAAGUGGGCAAAUAACAAUAUCUAAGGUGUAAAAGGAUUUUUGAUCGCAAUUUUAUUUUCUGAAGUGGGUAACUGCAACAAAGAGGAAGAGACCGACAAGACUACCUAGAAGUGAUUAAUAGAUUCGCUUGGAAAUCUGUACAAUAUUCCUACACAAUUAUUUGUGGCAUAACACUAGCAAUCAGGUAUGAACUAAAUAAUAGCCUAUAAGGUUCAGAGAUAAAUCAGAGAUAUCGCAAGGGUAGCAGUCAGGAUUUGAACUAACACAUAGACGGGCAUAAUUUGAAACUUUUUUCAAUUACUACAACCUUUGUUUAUGCAGUGUGGCCUGUUAGGUUAGUUGCUAGUUGAUUACUUCAUGCUUAGUUGAAACGAUGUUGAUAUUAUACGGUGAACAGUUUAUUUUCUCCCCUGGUUGGUUGUGGAUGUUAGUUUUCAAUAGUGCAUAUUGGUAGGAUGUGUUGCGCAUUAUUAGAUUUUUGUAGCAGUUAUUGACAUAGCAAAGAAAUUUGUAAAAUUAAUUGAUCGGUAAUAAAAGGUAUUAUUUAGUUAA